AUGAGAAUAGCCCGGUAUGAAGCCCACGGAGAUGUUCACUACGGCGUAAUCGACGGCGACAAUGUGGCCGCCAUUGACGGCGAUAUUUUUGGCGAUUACACCGUAACCGACCACGUUCACAAGUUGUCCGACGUCAAGCUGCUGGCCCCGGUUGCCCCCGGCAAGAUAUUGGCCAUGGGGCUCAACUACACCAGCCACAUCGGCGACCGGCCGGCCCCUCCCUAUCCCAUGGUCUUCCACAAGACCCCAACCAGCGUCAUUGGUCCCGAGGACACCAUAGUGCGUCCCAAGGAAGUGGAGCGCCUGGAUGCCGAGGGAGAACUGGUAGCCAUCAUCAAGGACACCUGCAAGAACGUUUCCAAGGAAGACGCCCUGAACCACGUUCUUGGCUAUACCUGCGGCAACGACGUCAGCGCCCGCGACUGGCAGCGCCGCGACCGCAAUGAAAAUAACUCCGACUGGUGGCGGGCCAAGUCGGCUGACACCUUCUCCCCCAUGGGCCCCUGGAUUGAGACUGACCUCGACCCCCACGCCCAGCACCUGCGCACCCGGGUCAACGGCACCGAGGAACAGAACGAGUCGACCGCGCACCUGAUUUUCGACGUGCCGACGAUGAUUGAGUUCAUCUCCCGCUACGUCACCCUGGAAGCCGGCGACUGCAUCUACACCGGCACGCCGGGCACCACCAGCAACAUGGACGACGGCGCCAUCUGCGAAAUCGACAUCGACGGCGUCGGCAUCCUCCGCAACUCGGUAAAGCUGGAAAGCUAG